CACUUAUCGAAACCCCAAGAAGUGCCUCAUGCAAUGUUUAGUGUACAAAUGUGUGGGCCCGAAAUUCCAAGUCGUAGGUCGCUGUGGUUUGUCAGUAUGCAAACAACAGACAGAAGCCUACUGUUUUGGCAAUUGUGCACUGAGAUUCACAAGAAUAGGAAUAUGCAUUUACAAUAGUCGGGGGUCGUCUAUAAAGUCCACACACUUCCGUUUGAGAUAGAGCUGUUACUGUACAUUGUUAGAAGGAUCACACAAAUAUUGCCCUGUCCUACACUAAUGUAUAGUAUAGUAUAUAUUAUAUGCUAAUACUACUUAGGUUAGGGUGUAUAAAAUAUAAAACUAACAUAUUGAAUUUAUUGAUGAAGAUGAUCUGAUUGGUUUUUUGUGUUUCAAAAUAAAAAAAAUGUCCUAUUUGUUGAAUAAUGCAUAAGUAAAAUAAGUAUAAGCAUAUUUAUUUGGUAUUUAUAAUACUGUUAAUUAGGUGUUACUAAUCUUUCCAAUAAUGUUAAGUUGCUCCUAAUUAGUAAAUAAACAAAAUAUUUAAUAAUAAUAAUAAGACUUAACCUAGAAUUAGGCCUGAUACUUCUAUAACUAUAAACUCUAGUAUGCACAAGCAUGUAUUAGGCUAGGCAUAUCUAUAUUAACCCUCUUGGGACGUAAGGGCCAAUCUAUCGGCCCAAGGUUGACAAGCGAGAAAGACAUAAGUCUGAGCCAUCGGCCCGAUAAAUAGAGCCUCACGAUUGGCUGGCUUGGCGUUGUACAAAGGAAUCAAAAUUAUUCUUGCGUAUUCCUGCACAUCCCGGCAUUGUAAUGGCGGCGUUCGUUGAUGGUGAACUAGGCACUAGGUUUAUUUGUGUGCUGGAAUUUGUUUGUGUGUGUGUAGUUACAUCGUGAAAUUCGAACAUGUCUGACAGUGACUCUGAUCAAACUGUGCUUAGUGAUUUUGAUGUUCUAGCAGUGAAUUUGACACUGGAACUGAUGAAAACAACCAGGAAAUUAAUGAAGACUUUCAAAUUGAGGGUAAUUGCUAAUGUUGUGAACUCUUGGUUUAGUGUUACUAGUAUUAGGGGUCCUCAACUGGACAAAGAUGACCCCUCUGAAUUUUUAGACAACAUAGGUCCCCUAUAAAUAAGGCAUAAGCACACCAUUUGAGUACUUUAUGCUAUUUUUUACACUAAAUAUCAUUCAAAUUAUGAGAGAGACCAAUAGAUAUGCAGACAACUUUCUCAGUAACAUCGAGCUAAAGAGAAGGUCCCUAGUCAUAAAUGGUGGCCUGUUAGUGUUUAACAACUGAAAAAUAGGGUGGGGGGGGGGAAGGAGUAGAAUUAUGUGCCAGAUGUAUCUGAAGGGCCUCCAUGGACCUUGUUUCCCAAAAACAUAAGUUUUAGGACAUAUUCAGGCUUCAUCCAUCAAAAUAUUCACACAAUUGAUACAAGUAAGUCAAGUUUAUUCUAGGUGUAACAAAAAAUUACAUGCAUAAAUUAUGCAAAUCAGGGUAGCUCAUUUGGAUAAAUGUGGAUAUUUCAGUUUGAUUCAUAAAGAUUGUAUUAGUUCAUUCAAUUUCUUACAAGAAUAUAUAUAGUUUUACAUAUAUAUAAGGAAUAGUUUAUUUUUUAUAAAUUUUUUUGCAAUGCGAGUGUCGAGCUCGUAAAAAGUGCUCCGUCUUUUUGGCACAUACACCCCGAAACGGCCCCGUCCUAAGAGGGUUAAUAAUUAAUAUUCUGAUUAGGCCUAAUAAUUAAUAUAUAAAUUAUAAUAGAAUAAUAAUAUUAUUUUCUUAACUUUAUUUUAGCCUUAAAUUUAAAAGAAACAAAAACAUUCACAAUGACAAUUUAAGAGUUUAAAUUGCAAUUGACAUCAAAUAUCACGGGAUAGCUCUUGAGCAAACCUGGUCAAUGUUGCAGAACAGCUUUAACUAGCCAUCUGUCAUUAUUGAACAAUAAUGCAACAGCAAAACAACCCCAUUGGAAAUGGUUCCUUCAGAAAUGGUCCAGUACAUGGGCAAGCUCAAGAAGGUUUGUUGUAUUUUAAUGUAAAAGAAAUCAUUGUACAAUUACAAUUCUAUACAAUUGUUUGAUGUCAUAUCUCUUGAUAACCCUUUACUGGCUAAUGAACCAUUAUUUACCAUUUAGUCACAAAAAUAUAUCCCUUCUCCCCACUAAAUAAAUAAGUUACAACACCACUUUUUUGUGUGCAUUAUUUGCAUGAUUAUUGUCAAUAUUAAAGAAAAAGAAUUUAAAAUAAUUUUUGACACUCCUGUUUUAAUAAGCCCUAUCGACAUUGCCAAUAAUAUUUAUUGAAAGAGCAUGUUUUUUAUAAUUUAAGGAUGUUAGUUCCUUCAAUUUAAACCCAAAAUGAUUAAGCCCCAAAUAUCUAAAAUUGUUGAAUGUGUUGCCUGAAUAUGCCUGAAAGUUAAUCAUUCUCAUGAUGCUGUAUUAUCAUAUUUGUUUUGCAUUUCAGGUAUAGCCAGAGAUGCAAUGGGUACUAAUGGUGAUCAGUAUUUCAGCGCAACAUUUAAUGCCAUGGGAAUUCAAGACUUUCCUCCAUUUGUAAGUUAGUAAAAAAACAAUAUAAUACCAAUGUAGUGACAAUAUUAAUAUAUUAUUGUUCGUCCUUCACAUUCCAAGAUGACCAAAGCGUGAGUGUAGCCUUGACUUGAGCUGUAAUUUGUUUAAAGUCAGGUAGAGUUGCUCAAUUCGUAAACCUCACUCUCUUGUCCUUGUCCAUCUGAUCUAAUGACAAGACUUAGUAAAGAUGACUGAAGAUAGACCAGACAUAGAUGAACAGCAGUGUUAUUUUGUGGGCUUUACAUUGCUUUUUAUGUGUUCCAAAUCGUAGUUAUCGCAAUUUUCAUUGUGUCAGUGUCAUACAGUACUCCAUCUCCGGGUUUGAUUUCAGAGGUUGCCAUCCAAGAUCAAUGAGUCCCAUCCACCCGGGGUGCUGGUGUUGUUUUUUCUUGUCUAGGUGCUUGCUAAGGAUCGAAUUUCAGUCCCCAGUUUGGGAUAGACUUAGACUGCUCUUCCACCCAACAUCCAGUACAAAUUAAUGUUGCACUAAUAAGAAAAUCGGGCAAUUGGCCAUUAAUUUAUUAUUUAAUACUAUUUCAUAAUUAAUCACAAUUACUUCUUGGGUUACGGGGAAGAAGGGUGAAGAAUUAUCAUUGCAAUAACUGGGUGAAGAAACAGAACGAAGCACCUCUCUGACUGGGAAAUUAUACUCCCGAUAGUCACCAUGAAAAACAGACUCUUAUAGGCAAAUUAUGUUGAACCCUCUGCUGACAUAGACAAGCGUAUUGCUUGCAUCAUUAAAAAGUGUCAACACAAUAGCUGAUGAAUUUGAUUUAAAUUUUCCCCCCCCCCCAAGCAAAAUUUCAGGUGGAUUGUCGUGAACUACUUUUGUUAGGGUGUUUAGCUACUUAACUUCCAUACAUUCAUCUGCUAAAAUAUUCUGUUGCCCUCGCAAGAAUGACACUUUUUAAAAAGAUUAAUCUGUAUGUUUGUAUCUUUUCUUGUUAAAAAGUGUAUGAUAAUUCAAAGUGCAGCAUGGUCUCCCAAGCUCAUGUGUGAAUACAUGCAAAAUUUACUAGACUAGCAAUUUUAGAUUAUAAAAAAAUCGAACAGAUCAGGAUACAUUUUGUUGAAAUUAGUGUAGAAAGUAUUGAUGAUUUAUAAUGAAAGAUAUAUCUGAAACAGACAUUUAAACAUAAAUAAUGGUACAUCAGUAGAAAAUACGAUUGUGGCCUUGGUGAUAAUACCGUAUGUUUUCAACUUCAGAUAUUAUAAUUCAAAGAUUAUUCUUUAAAAUAACCAUAAGUUUUUAUUGUGAUUAUUUACUUUCAUUGAUUUUUAUAUUGAAUUAAAAUUUAAAUACAAUUUAAAUAACAAUAACUUUCCAUAUUUUGUAUUGUAUAUCUUUUCUAAAAAAGCAUGUACAUUUUAAGAUAAAGUUAUGUUCCUUUUCAUAGUCUCAUGAGAGAGUUUACAUCAAAAGUAGGUUAGGUAGCACUGGGUUAAAAGCAUCACACGGAUUUAAAUGCUCACACAAAUAAUGCAUUAUAAUAAUAGUGUUUACAAUCCAAUUCUGUGGUUUGAGAAGAAAAAAAAUGAGAACCAAAGGAAGUUAAGAGAACCAUGAUAAUGCUGGCAAUGUUAAAGAAAGAAGAAAAAAAAAAACAUACAUCGAGGGAAAAUGUAUGACAGCUCUUAUAGACUCUUUAUACAUAUUUCAUUACUUUUUGGGGGUAAAAAUUUGAUAAUUCCCAUUUAAACAAUCAGGCAGCUAUUUUUUUUAUCCUAGCGUGGAGGUCCACCACGUCCAAGAAGCAGUAUGGGGGCACCACAUCCCAUGGCAGGAAAGCAGUAUUCUUCAACCUCAGCGAUGGACCAAAUGCCAGAUGACUUUGCAGCAUUAAACCUGGCUGUUGGACCUUUGCACAAUAAAGUUAGUAAUUAUCACACAAAAAUUGAACAGAGAAACAGACAUACAAAAACUCAUUAAUUAUCAGAAUGAAAAUAAUGCAGAUGCUCACGGUUAUUUUUUUUGCAGAGCUCCGCAAUAAAGUACAAGAUGUUAUUUUUUUUUUAAAAUGAUAAAUUUUCACAUCUGUGUUGAAUGAUCAAAUUUAUCUAUAAUCAAUGUAACCUUAGGGUGCUGUCAAUGAUUUUGAGCCCAAGUCACCUGGACUUCCUCACAGUUCCAGCACUUCAUCAUUUGCAUCAUAUGCAUCAAUGUUUGGUCAGAAUCCAUCGGCACCAGCGUGGCCCUUUGUGCCAAGCUCAGUGGCCCCAUCAGCACAUUCUCCUGGAAGUCACAACCCUGCUGUGUUUAAUGCAGGUGUUCAGAAUGGCCCCACCACACCUAAGACUUCCAGCAUUGUGCCAGCGUUUGGUCCAUCACAGCAGAAUCCCGUUUCAACACCAAGCAAUGCAACCCUGGGACCACCUUUGUUUGGCUCCAGUUCACAAAUUCCUGUGGCAACAUCAACAAACCCUGUUUCAACCAAUGGUGAAUAAAAUACCCAUAUGCACAUCUUCUUUUAAAUAAUCACUGGGAGAUUAAGACAAUUGGGUUGGCAAAGUUUUCGUUUAUUAUCUAGUAAUUUCUAAAAUAAAUGUUUACUUUUAUUGACUAUAAAAUGUCAUUAAUAAACAUGAAUAAUCUGGAAUGUACUCUUGCCUCUGAUUGUCUCAGAAUUUGUAGAACACACACCUUACUUAGACCUUAAUCAACCUGUUGCCUUUAUUGCCAGGUCUCGUUUAUACAUCUGCAAUCAGCCCGAUUCACAGUCCUGGCAUCUCACCUGCAAGCUCCCCACUUACCACACGGCGGAUGCAGUCCCCAGUAACACAUUCACUCAGACAGACAACCAUUCCACAAAAGUCUGCAUCUUCUAGUCUGGUUCAGGUGAUUUUAUAAAAUUUUAAUUAUACUUGGCUUAAUUUAUCUAUCUUGAAUUUUAUGUUAAUUAUUAAUUUUGUGCUAAUAUAAAUCAAUACUUUCUAUCUAGUUUUUUUUUUUCUCCUUUAAUACUUUUUAUCCACAUAUCUAGUCAAUAAACCUUAUUUUUCAAAUGUAGCUUUAGCUCAGCCAGCAGAAAAUUACAGUAGAACCCGGUUAUGUCGAUGGCCUCAGGGUUUUCCAUAAAGCGGCGAGAUAACCGAUGAUCCAGAUAACCGAAAACCAAUAUGGCGGCAAUAUAUUACCAUGUGCUUGAAAUUUCUUUAUGUACAUGAUGUGCGUUAAUAAAUGCAGGUACUUAGGUCAAAAAGAAAAAAAAUUUAAUAUAACAGUUAUUUAGAGCAAAUUUCAAAUUAAAAAAAUGAAACCAGAAUCAACUUUUUUAACUUUAGUACUUUUUGAGCCACAAAUUUUUAAAGUGCAACUUUGGCACAUGACUAUUUAAUUAAAGCUUUCCCUAACCAAUGGUUUAAUAGCUUUUGCAUACAGCAAACUCUUAUGAAUGAAACUCUGACGUAGUACCACAGCAUAGCCAUUAUGCAAGUGACAGUGAAUGGCUGCCCAUGUCAACGUUUUGAACACUGCAAAUUAUGAUCAUUUAUAAUAUGGACUCUACAGGGUUUUUAAACCUUCGAAUUAAAACAUAUUUAUUUAAAUUACUUCUAGGUUCAUUCUGAAACACAAGUCCUGUAUUUUGAGAAAUAAAUAAUUUUUAAUUAUGAAAAACUUGUUUAUUUGUUGUUUGCUAUUUCCUUUUCCGGAGUGUAAAAGCCGGCGAGUGAGAUAACCGAGGUUAACCUCGGCAAAUUUGGCCGCCUUUUGUGCUCAAGAUAUCAGUAUUCUGCGACUUAAAAGAAUUGACAUAACCGAGGAGAAAAUGCUAAGACAAAGAGAGAAUUUGGUAGUUCCACUUCAAUAACGUCGACAUAACCCUGUUGGCAAGUUAACCGAGGUCGAGAUAAGCCAGUUCGAGAUAAGCGAGUUCGACUGUAGAUCCAAAAAAUGUAGUUACCAAGUGUUUAAGGAUCUAAUGUUCAUUACACCAUGAUGUAUCAUGUAUGCGUUAACCUUGAUUUUUCAGGAGAGUGUUGGAGGCACCACAUAUUUUUAUCACCCAGAUGAUUUUAAACCACAAAUUGAAGGCCCACAAUUAGUGAGUAAAAUAAUUUAUUCUUUUUUUAUAGUUGAUCAUUUAGAAUUGUUUUGAUAACAUAGUUAUGGGAUUAAUAUAAAACAAAAGAGUUAUUAUAGUGAGCGUAUUCAAAAUUAAAUAAUUGAAACUAUGAUAAAAACUAGAAAUGUUAAACGAUAAUAAGGUAUCAGAUAAAGUUGGAGUUACCUGCUCAGAUGCCUAUCCGAUAAAUUGUAUAUAGUCUUCAUUAAUCGGUUAUAAAAGUUUUUUAUAUUCUAUGAUGGCCAAUAAGACUAAUACAUAAUAAAGAGUGAUACAUGAUAAUGAUGUCGAUUAUAAAGAUCAAGGAUACAUGAUAAUGAUGUCGAUUAUUAAGAUCAAGUAUUUUAUGCUGAAGAAACUGUUCAUCCUUCUUGUUUGUUAGUUAUUAAAAAGGUCUUUUAAAACUAAUAUAUUUUAAUGAAAAUUUUUUGAAAUGUUUCAUAAUCAUCCUGCACUUUUGCAAUGUUUAUCAAAUAUAAGUGAAAGAAUUGAUGCCCAAGAAAAUUACAUAAGCUUAUUCUUCUGUGAAUAAUUUCAGACUUUGCCAUCCUUUUGUGCCUAUCCUGGAAUGCCCUCUCAUAUUGUGCAUCUAAAGAUGAAAACAAAUGUGCCACAGUAUUUUGCACCAGAUGAACUCAAAAUGGUAUAUUUUAAGAUAGUGACAUCAUUGAACAUUUUGAGUCAUAGAGACUCUGUUACUAUGAAAUCCUGUAAGCAAAAUGUGAACCUGCCUACUUUACCACUGAAUUAAAAGUAAAAACAAUAAUUUUGAACCAUAAUAUUUUUAGAAACAUAGUUAAGAUUAUUUUGCUUAACCUUUAAAGCAUGAGCAACAGGAGAUAUUACAAAGAUAUGUGAUUUUAAAAUAAAGAGUAAGUAUAAAAUAUAUGGAAAAUUUAUUGUCAUUUAAAGUACCGGUAUAAAAUAAUUUAAUCUUACAGAACAAGUGUGUUUUUUAAAAAUGUUCACAUUUCAUUUGUUUCCCUUUUCCAGGACAUCCUCAAUCGUCAUGUGUUAACAAUGAUGCAAGUGGAACCCACCUCACCCAAUGCAGGUACAUUUUGUCAGAGGUGUAGCUUAACAGAAAGAAGUCAUACUGGGUGCGCACUUUUGAAGCUUUUGCUCCUAAAUUGUGCAAAAGUUUGCCUCAGUCUUUGAGAGACAAUUAAAAUGAUAAAAAGUCAUUUAAGAACCAUUUAAAAGACUUUUUUUCUUUAAAUAGAUUUUAGGACAUCACAGCGCUGUGAGCAUGCUAAAAUAGCAUGGACACAAGCGCUAUAAAAGUACUCAAUCAUCCUCAUCAUCAUAGGUAUUUGCUAUUUCAAAUUUGAAUAUUUUUAAUUUAAAUUAUAUUUGACCUAUCAUAAGAUGAAUGUUCAGAGAGGUUGGGUGAUUAUUUGUAAACAUUCACCUUCACAGUCUAUGUUCCAUUCAGUCCUUUUCUUGAUUAGCUAUGAACUGGGCUCCCUGCUUCUCUGCCGCUAAUCUCCCCUUAAAUAUAUUGAGACAUUGGCAUAUUAGUAUGUUUCAUAUCAACCUAAACUCGUCUCCCAUUAGUUGAGCUACCCACAGAAGUGGACAAGUAUCAUAAUCUGUGUCCAUUAGAAAGGACUGGAGCACCAAAACCUUCUCUGGGGAACCUACCUUCAACCACUUAUAAAGCUGUGUGCACCAAAGAUGGCUUGUAUUAUUGCCUUAGGAGAAUUCAUGGUAAGUGUUCAAAGAAAAUUAUUUCAACCCCAAAUUUUAUUCUAUAGCAGAUGAUAAAAAAUUUGUUUUAUAAAAAAAAAGCUAAUAAAAGAAUACAUUUUCAUUUUGUUAUUGAACUUUGUACAACAGAUGACGAAAUGAUAUUAUUAUCAGUAGAUUGGCCAUGACAGGGAAAGUUUCAUGAAAACCCAAAAGGCUAUAAUUUACUUUAAAAAGAAAAUACUCUCACUGACUUUUUAAAAUUAUAUUUAGAAUUUUAUCAGUUUAUUUAACUUUUAAGUGAAGUAAUUUCUACAUAUAGGUUUUCGACUGGCAAGCACUAAAGUCAACUCUAUAAUGGAGAGUUGGAAGAAACUUUAUCACCCAAAUGUUGUCUCGCUCAAAGAAGUCUUCACAACCAAAAAUUUUAAUGAUAAUUGUGAGUUCAACAUUAAAUAAUUAUGAAAUUAAAAAAUUAAUUCAAGACAUUUAGGACCGGAUUUUCAAAUGAGGAAAGUUUGUGUGUCAAAUACAGUGUACCAUCAAUUACAACAUAAAAAAAAAUGCUUGUAUUGUGUGCCGCAUUAAGCUAACAUUUUUAGUAUUACCAAUUUAUUAAAAUUUAAAUCACUGAAACUUUUUAGUGUGUCUGACUGGUGGAGUUUGAUCCACUGCAGCAGCAGGGACCAAUUUUAUUAAUUAAUUUCACCUUUUUGGUUUUCACAACUUUUUCAUAUUUUGCAGCCUAAUUGCAGUGGGCUCUCAGACCUAUGCAUAUCACUGGACCCUGUAUGUGAGAAUUCUGAGCAUGAAUUAACAAUAAAAUAAUGAAACAUAUUUGUUGUCAUUUUUUUUUUUGAUCUGCAGUUUUAUGUAAAAUUUGUAUAAAGCAUUUCACUUAUAAUAAAAAAUCAGAGUUUCUCUUUCCAUUGGCAGCCAUUGUGUUUGUCUAUGAUUACCACCCAGGAGCUGAGACUUUGAUGUCCCAGCAUUUCUCCUCUCACCCUCACAUCAAUGGCUUCAAUCACCACCACCACCACCAUCAUCAUUUCUCAAGGGAUCAUGGAAAAAGUAAGCUACAUAGUAGUCACAUUAAUUGGUCUAAUCUGCCUUUACAACUCACUUUAUUUCACACCACAAAAGGUUGGUCUGCAUUUGAAAUAAAAUGUGACUAGUCACAGUGAAAUAAAAUGUGAUUAGUCUCAGUAAGAUAAAAUCUGAAUAGUUACAGGCAAUCUUGCAAUUUUAAAUAAAAGAAUAUGGUGCUCCACCGCAAAUUUAUUUUCUAAGCAUAUUAUUAAUUCAAAAUUCUAUCAACUUUGUCCAUCAGUUUGAUUACACCAGAUAGGCACAGUAGGUGCGUUUGCCGUUAGCUAUGAAAGCAUUCAACUAAAUAUGAUAUAGAUAACCAGGUUUUCAAAGGGGAAAUUACCUAUAUGAAGAUCCAACUAAUUAUGAUAUGGGCAAGAACUAAUAACUUGAUUCCCCAUUAUUUUGUUGUAUUUUAAAUACAUUCAAGUGAUGAGCUUUUCUUAUUUAUCUGGUUGGCACCAUAAAAAAUAUCAUCUCAUGUGUCUAUUUAAAAAAAUAUAAUUAUCCUGGACAUUAUGAUGUUAUACAUGCAAAGUUGUAACAUGUUUUAAAAUGAUUUUAAGUUUUUAAUUAUUUUCUUAUAAACACUGUAUUCACUAAUGUGUGCAAUGUAUAUAAAUAAAUUAUGGCCCAGUUUAAAGAAUUAAAAAGAAAAGUAACUUUAGAAUGCCCAUUAACACUGCAAUCAUAGCUUAUCUUAAAACUACCUUUAUAAUGCUCAUCUACUCCAAAAUUGAAUGUUUCUUUGCUUUUAACUAUGUUUGUAUUAAAUAAGGGUCUGUUACUCUAUGUGUAUUAUAUUCUUUCAUUUGCUGCUCAAGCUGUAUGAUUUCUUACAUGAACCUAAGUACUUGAAUUCAGCCACUCAAUUUGUUUGUUAUUACUUUUAAAUCUCAAUAGGUUUUAUUUUGUCACCAGACAGCAGCAAUGCUCGCAACAUGAAUAACAACUUAUUACCUGAGAGUCUGAUUUGGACCUACAUAGUACAGUUGAGUUCAGCCUUAAGAGCCAUCCAUGCUGCAAAUCUGGCAGCUAGGUCGUUGGAUCCCUCAAGAAUAAUUGUAUCAGGAAAGGCGAGGUGAGAGAUUAUAUUAAUACAUUUACAUUUCUGUUUCAUUUUUUAAAUUUUAACCGUUUUUAUAGAUUUAUUAUUAUAACUGCUAUAGAUACCUGGGAAGCAUCUCUGCCAAAGAGAAAAAAAAAGACAAAGAAAUAGAGAUGAGUGCAGAGGGCUAAUGCAGUCACCUACCAAAUAGCCCUUCUAUUAAGACACCCAGAAUGAACACUGAGAAAAAACCAGGCUUAUUAACCAUGUCUUUAUUUCAACUCUUACCAGUGUCAAUCCUGGUCUAUAAAUAAAACUCUUUUUCAUCUGUCAGUUAAAAUUUUUGAGAAGAGCAGCUUGUAAAUAGAGAAGGGACCACAUUAGGAACCAGGACAUAACACAAAGGCUUAUGCCAUACAAAUCAGCCAGUAAAUGACCAUCAGCGAAUUAAUUGGUUUGGCGAUCAGUUCAGAAUGCCUAUCAAUCAGUCUGCAUUGCAAGGCUUCAAUAGCAGGCAUUCUGGGCCAGAGGAAGAGCACACAGUUGUGGAUAGACUGUAUUAAGGAUACCCUCAAAAUCCAGAACAUGCAUCUUCAUCAGGCAAUAUUCCUUGUGGCAGAUCACCAACUGGAGAAGAAGAUAGAUGUGAAAAAAUAUAAUUUAUCCACGUUUCCUGUAUGAUUUCACACUCAACAUAACCAUUUUAAUUCCCCCAAUGCUUACAGAAUACGUAUCAACUGUAUUGGCAUUCUGGAUAUCAUUACCCCUGAAGGAAGCACCCCACCUAAUAUCAAUGCUUAUAAGGUAAAAUGGAAUAUUUUACCACACAAAUGUCAUGCUUUCAAAAAAAUUAAUUUUAAGAUAAAGAAAAUUAAUAAUUAAGUAACACAAAUUCUUUUUCCAGUAAUAAUUUAUAAUAAAUAUCCUGAAUGUGUUUUUUUUUAAUACAUUUAUUAAUUUUAUUUGUUGUGAUGCUCAAGUUUAUUAGAAUAUUGUUUGAAUGUGCACCACAUUUGCCGGACAUGAAUGCUUUUUAGAGGUGUUUAUGUGAUAAGUGUAAAUGUGCAGGGCCAUCAGUUAAGUAAGUUUAUUGGUAUUGUGUUGGGAUGGCCUAGCCUCAUCUAGUCAUAAAAAUAUAUAGGAAAAUAUAGCACUGUCAGUUAUUAAGUAUUUUGUUAAAAAUAGGUAUGUUUCCUUGAAAGAUGAUGAGCAUAAUAAUAAUGCUCACCAAUUCUAGAUAUUCAGCAACAGAUAUUUACAAAAAUUGUUUUCCAUUCAAACACAGCAAGAUGAUAUGACAGCCAUGGGCAAGAUAAUUUUAGCUUUGGCCUGUAACAAUAUCAUGUGUGUUCAGAGGGACAACAUACAGUCAGCCAUAGACGUAGUGCAGCGAAAUUACUCUCCUGAUUUAAAAAACCUCAUAUGGUGAGUCCUUGCUUACAAAUUUGGCUAAUUUCACCAAUGAGGUGUAAGGGACGUCCUGAACAAAUUUAGUCACGUCUUGAACAAAUUUAUUCACGUCCUGAACAAAUUUAGUGACUCCUGAACAAAUUUAGUCACGUCUUGAACAAAUUUAUUCACGUCCUGGACAAAUUUAGUGACUCCUGAACAAAUUUAGUCACGUCUUGAACAAAUUUAUUCACGUCCUGGACAAAUUUAGUCAUUUGAAAAUUGAGCAAUGAUAUAAGUUUUUAAAAAUAGUUGCAGACUUUUUUAAAACUUUUGACCACUGUACAUUGAGCAAAAGUUUAAGAGAUUUUUCCACACAGUUGAGCAUGGUUACUUUGAAUGUUUUUUAGAAAAUUACUGAGGCAAAGUCUUUAGUUCCAUUAUCAGCUUUAUGUAUUGGCUAUUACAGUAUUAUUUAACUAAUGACACAAAUUUAAAAGUUCCAUGUGGUCUCAUUUUAAUAGAAGUUGAUAAUUACACUCAAUGACCUUUUCCUCAGCUAUCUGUUGCAAAACACAAACCGUGUACGUAGUGUGAAUGAUGUGAUGCCUAUGAUUGGUGCUCGUUUUUUCACACAGCUGGACACAGCUACGUUACGCAGUGAUGUUUUGGAUUAUGAAUUAGCUAAAGUAAGUGCUAUUCAGUAAAGAAACAGGCAGUUGUUUAUGGUUAGUGCUUGGGAUAGAUUCUGAGCUAGAAUUUGAGUGAUUAAUGACUUAAAUGAUGGUGAGCUGUAAUUGUAUAUGGGAGGUCUGGGAAGUUUAAAAUAAUUUCAGCAUGCAUCAAAUGUCAUGUCAGUAUUAAAUAGAAGCUUUAUUGUCAUUGGUAAACACAUACCACAUUAUACAUCAUCAGAUCUACAAUUUUGAUAUCAGUUACGAUUAAUAAAGCUUACAGCAUUAGUUGUGCAUGUGAUUUAUUAUUUUAUCUAAUAGCUUUCUGGUGCUCAAUUCAGUUUACUUAUUUAAAAGGAAAAGAUUUUAUCCUGGUUCUAUAAAUUAAAUACAUUAGCUUAGCAAAAACAACAUUACAAUUUUUUUUAAAUGUUAAUUUUCAUACAUGGUUUUUCAAUAUAUAGUUUUGUCAACAUCAUUGCUUUACAUUUACUCUUAAAGAGGGAAGAUUUUCUUUAGUAAAAUAACAACCUACCUUUGAUUGUUAAUUGUAUGUUGGCGGAUUUUAGCACUUCUAGUUGUAAAACGAAUUUGCUAAUCAUACUUUUUUUUAUUGGGUUGAAUAAUGUUGAGUUUUGAAUUGUUAUCAGGAAAUAGAAAAUGGUAGACUGUUUCGCAUAUUGAUCAAGUUGGGGUCCAUUAAUGAAAGACCAGAGUAAGUACACGUUUUCCCAUUUUAACAACAGGUAUUCAAAUCCUAUCAAUUGUUUUUACUUAAAAUGUGUUUGUCCUUUAUAUAACAUUUAUUGAUGACAAAUAAUGAUUAACUGCUCUUCCACAGCAGCUAAACUUAAAGUUUUGUGCUGAAAUCCUUUGAACAAAGUAUUUGAUAACUUAAUGGCAUCUGUUCUAUUUCUCUAAAAUUACUCACCUAGGUACACGACAGAGCCCUCAUGGGCUGAAACAGGAGAUAGGUUCAUGCUGAAACUCUACAGGGACUACCUGUUUCAUCAGGUAGAUGAGGCAGGGCUACCUUGGAUAGAUAUGGCCCAUGUUAUUCAAAGUUUGAACAAGGUAAGAACCUUAGUGAUGGGGAACAUAGCAAAACAAGGGAUGCAUAGAGGCAGUUUUAUCAAAGCAGUAAUUUAGCUAGUUAGAUAAUGUGUUGCUCAAAUGCUUUUAAAAUGACUUGAGAAGAUACUUCAAAUAUUUACAUUAGUUAAUGUAAUCACCAAGAUAAUGAGGGGCUAAUGGUAAUUACACCUUGUUGAGUCAGUCAUUUGUAAUAGUCCUCUUCUGAUUACCAAAUCUAAACAAUCAGUAAUUAAGUCAUUAUUGUCAAUAAAGAAAUUAAUUGAAAGCUGAUAUCCAUGCUGGAGAAAUACUCUAGAUGUCUUGUGUUUAAAUUGUUAUAAUUGUAAAAUGUUGUCUUGGUUAACAUAUGUAUUUAUUUAUGUGCUGAAAAUAAAUAAAUACAAUGUAAUAAAUAAAAAAACAUUUUCCAUUUAUUAUCAAUAAAGGAAUCUUAUCUUAUUAAUUAAUUUGUAACAUUUGCAAAGCGAUAUUUGUUAAUACCUUUGAACACAAUUCUUAUUUCAGUUUGAUGCAGGUAUUCCAGAAAGAGUCCUGUUGGUGUCCCGAGAUGAAAAUAGUAUGUUGGUAGUUUCCUACUCUGAGUUAAAGAGAUGCUUUCAGUCUUGUUUUCAAGAACUUGUGGCCCAACACAAUCAGGGAACAACAUCAUUUUCGUAGCCUGAUAAGCAAGUGUUGAGUAUUUUUUUCCUUUUUCAAAGAAGAAUAAGUUAAGAUUGACACUCCAGUGUUUGGUUGGAUUUUCAAAAAGGAAAAAGCCUUGUUAAUGUAAAUAUUUGCUUAAGAUCCAUAAUGUAAUAAUCAAAUUCUUGCACUGCAAAAUUUGUUUAAUUUAUCUUCUUUCUUAUAGUUGGUUGGAUGAUUAAUGAAGUAUACCUGCAUUAAAAUUAAUUUACUGAUAAGCCAUUACAAAAUAAGUGUUUAAAAAUUGAUUCCAAACAAUCUUAUCAGAGUACUUCAAUAGGUUCAAUAUUAAUUUAGCUGAACCAUUGUUAGUUAAAAGGUUUAAACAAUGCCUUUGUAAAAAAAUAUAAAAAAAUAUGUAAAACAAAAUUAUAUCUGAUUACAGUAGAAGAGAAAGGUGUGGCUAAAAUCUUUCUUCAAAUUGUUCUCAAUUUCAGGUCAACCAUUAGUCAGAUUUUUAAGACGGCAAUUUUUAUUUCUUAUGAUCAUGGGCUGCUGGGGCUCUGUAUUUAUUAGCAAGUUGUUAUUGUAAAUUUUGAGGGGUUUUUGUUUUUAAGUAUAGAUCAUUUGUUAAAAUAGUUAACGAUGACUUGAAAUAAUCAAAUUCUCCACAGACUCUUCUUACCCAUGUUUUAUUUCGACUACACUGUAAGUGGAAGACGCAGAGGCAAAAAAAUUUCUUGAAAACACUAUAAUUUUUAACUCUGUAAAUACAUGUAUGUCAACUGGCCACAGCAAGGCAAAUUUUAUCAGUGAUAUGAGCCCAAAUUUGUUCAUUUAUCUUAAAUCAUUUAAUUUUUUUAUUUUUGUUUCCAUUCUUUUUCUUACUGGAAUGUUUUUUAAAUACAGGGCAAUUUGUACAAACAAACAAAUAAUCACAUUUCUAACAAAUGUGUAUGAUAUAUUGUUAUAUAAUUUAUUUAUAAAGACACACCUUUUUUAUAUGCUUUAUUCAUGAC